UGCGCCGGGCAGUGGCCAAGGGGCAGCCGGACCCCCGACGCCGCGAUGAGGCUGAGAAGCGCCGGCAUUGUCUGCACCCUGCUGCUGCUCCACAUGAGGCCCCAGGUCCCUGAAGCGAUGGGCACCUUCGAACUACAAGUCCGCUCCGUGCGCAACGAGAAGGGGGUGUUGGCCGACGGGCGGUGCUGCCGUGGAGGGCUGGACCCUCCGUGCCCCGUGGCAGAGCAGUGCCAGACCUUCUUCCGGGCCUGCCUCAAGGAAUACCAGCUGCGGGCCCUGCCGGAGGGGCCGUGCGUCCUGGGCGCUGCCACCACCCCGGUCCUCGGGGGCAACGUUUUCUCCGCCAGUCACCAGAAGCACACAGACCAUGCCAACAGGAUGGUGGUCCCUUUCGACUUUGCCUGGCCGCGCUCGUAUUCGUUGGUUCUGGAGGCCUGGCAUGCGGCCAAUGCCACGGACAUCACCAGCCAAGGAGCGGGCCAGCUGGUGGAGCGGGUGACUCGCUCGGGCAUGCUGAACCCAGGCGAGGGCUGGCAGGGCUUGUGGCACCACGGACGCGCCGCCUCGCUGGACUACCGGGUGCGCGUGCGCUGCCAGGAGCACUACUACGGCCCGGCCUGCAACUUCCUGUGCCGGCCCCGCCACGAUUUCUUCGGCCACCACAGCUGCGACGCUGCGGGCAACAAGGUCUGUCUGGACGGCUGGACGGGAGACGAGUGUACGCGGGCAAUUUGUCGCCAGGGAUGUCACGAAACGCAUGGGUUUUGCGAGGAACCUGGCGAGUGCAGGUGCCAUUAUGGAUGGACGGGUCCCCUCUGCGACAAAUGCAUCCUCUUCCCAGGUUGCGUUCAUGGGAGCUGCACCGAGCCGUGGAAAUGCGACUGCGAAACCAACUGGGGAGGCCUGCUGUGUGACAAGGAUCUGAACUACUGUGGAUCGCACCGUCCAUGCAAGAACGGCGGCACCUGCGCCAACAAGGAACCGAACGAGUACGAAUGUCUGUGUCCUGAGGGAUUCCAGGGCCGGAACUGUGAGGACGCUCUUCUUCCAUUGCCUGUCGCUGAACUGACCUGCGCUUCGAAGCUUUGUGCCGAUGGAGAAAUAUGCCUCGAGAGCCCGUCUGGAUCCCGAUGUGUUUGCGCCCCAGGUUGGAGUGGAGAGUUGUGUCAAAAUGAGGUAACCGCCUGUCUGUCGGAGCCCUGCAGUCAUGGAGGGAGUUGCAGAGACCUCCCGGAAGGCUUCAAGUGCAUCUGCCCACCUCAGUGGACCGGAAAGACCUGCCAGAUUGAUGUCAAUGAAUGCCAGAAGAACCCGUGCCUCCAUGCCCGGGGGUGUAAAAACCUCAUUGGGGGCUAUUUCUGCGACUGCCUGGAAGGCUGGACGGGACCAAACUGCAAUCUCAGAGAGAAGUCAUGCCAGAGACAGUGUCGCAACGGAGGGACCUGCCAGGUGAAAGAUGGCGGGCACAGCUGCUCCUGCCGGGCGGGAUAUACAGGUGCCGAGUGCGAGACGGAGCUGAGUGCCUGCAGUGGCGCCCCCUGCCUGCACGGAGGACUGUGCCAGGAGACAGAAAACGGGACCUCCCUCUGCAGCUGCCCUCCGGGGCUUAGCGGCAGCCGCUGUGAGCAGGUCUUUGUGGAUCUCUGCUCCUCGAACCCUUGUCCGGAGGGCACCUCCUGCCUGGGCGGAGAAGGCAGCUAUGUCUGCUCGUGCCCUGAAGGGGCCAUUUGCGAGAGGCUGCAAGAGCCCUGCCUGGACGGCGUGUGCCAAGGAGGCACCAGCACGAUCCUGCUCUCUACGGCGUUGCCUCUGGCUCUGCUGCUCUUCCUGGUGGCUCCCAUCUUGGCACUGCUGGCUCUGUGGAUUCACCGCCGAUCUCGGCAGACGCCGCCGGGGCCUCCGGAGCCCACGGCCAACAACAGCCUGCAGCCCGCCGCCGUUCGCCUCAUCCGCAACAUCACCCACGGCGACGCCGAGCAAGGCCUGAGGGACGAGGGAGCGGCGGUCAAGGCAGGGAUGCGAACUCCUGGCGGGCUCCCGAAGACGGACAUCUCCAACGAGGAGAGGGCCAAACUCAACCGACUGAACACUGCCCCGCCAAGGCCUUUGCUCUGA